AUGUCGCCCUCUCCUGUCGUUAAUGUCGUCCGUUACUCGGCCCUGAUUGGUGGUAUUGGCUACGGUAUCCUGCACCGCCGGACGCUCCAGAAGGAGUUUGACGAGCGCAUCCUCAAGAAGGAGCAAAAGGUUCAGGACGACCUCAUUAAGAAGGCCAAGGAGGAAUACGCCAAGCUCCAGGCUGCCAAGGCGCCGGUCGCCCCCAGCUCGACCGUGGUGACCAACCCCGAUGACCCCAACUUUGACCUCGAGAAGGCGUUUGCGCAGUGGGAGAAGCAGUAG